CAACAUCUUCUUCACCGACCACCACGACACCAUGACCUCCUACGACAAAGAUCCAUUUUACCUUCGGUACAUCACCGGCCACUCUGGAAAACAUGGACACGAGUUCCUUGAGUUUGAGUACUCGCAUGGACGUCUGCGAUAUGCGAACAACUCCAACUAUAGGAAUGAUUCGUUGAUCCGCAAAGAAAUGUGGGUCGGGCCACUCGUGGUUCAGGAGCUCAAGAGGAUCGUUGAGUCGAGCGAGAUCACGAAGGAGGAUGACACAAACUGGCCGAAGAAGAGCAUUGUAGGAAAACAGGAGCUCGAGAUUCGCGUAGGAAAUGACCACAUCGCGUUCGAGACGGCAAAAAUAGGUUCCUUGGCGGACAUCCAGGACAGUGAGGACCCAGAGGGUCUUCGCGUGUUCUACUACCUGGUGCAGGACCUUCGCUGCCUCAUUUUCUCCCUCAUUUCUCUUCACUUCAAGAUCAAGCCUAUAUAGGUAAACCGGCUUGCUGUCGCGGGUCAUCCUGUACUGCACCACCACUUUCAUGUGUCUUCUUGUACCUCCGAAGGUUGUUAUCGCGUUGCUUGUCUUCACUUAUGCCAUCUAUAAAUGCAAAUGCACUGAAUCGAAUGGCAUGCCAAC